AUGCUUCUACAUGAGAUGACUUUGGGGAUUAUCUUCCUUUCUCAGGCUGGAGUUGGGUUCCUGGGGAACUUCUUUCUCUCCUUUUACAUCUUCACUUUUUUCACCAGCCAUAGGCCAAGGCCCACGGACACCAUUCUGGCUCAACUUGCUUUGGCCAAUGCCAUAUUGCUUCUCUCCCAUGGAAUGCCAAUGGCAAUAUUGUAUUUAAAGAAACAAUACUUCCUGGGAAAUGCUGGGUGUAAAAUUGUAUUUUUCCUUCGACGAGUUAGUCGGGGUCUUUCCAUGAAUUCCACCUGCCUUUUGAGUAUCUUUCAGGCAGUUAUCAUCAGUCCUAGCAGCUCUAGGUUGGCCAAAAUCAAAGUCAGAACUCCAAAGUUCAUCAGAUCUUCCUGCCUCUUCUGCUGGAUCCUCAACAUAAUUAUAGAAAUUAAUGGGACAGCAUGUAUCACAGGCUCAAGGAAUAGCAACAACAGCCACAAAGGGGGAGUUGAUCUCCUGUAUUGCUAUUGGGAAAAUGUGCUUGCAGAGUUUGUCAUCCUGUCCUCCUUUCGAGAUCUUUUGCUUGUGGGAUGCAUGGUCUGGGCCAGUAACUACAUGGUGUUUCUCCUUUACGGACACCAUCAGAGAGUCCAGUACAUUCACAGUACCAGCCUUUCCCUAAAGGUGUCCCCAGACAUCAGGGCCACCCAUACCAUCCUGAUACUGGUGGGCACCUUUAUUUUUGCAUAUUGUGUCAGUUGUAGCUUUGUGCUAUAUAAAGUAUAUGUUAUUCAAACAAAUUUCUGGGUGAUGAAUGUGACUACAUUUAUUACAUUAUGUUUCCCAACCAUCUGCCCCUUUUUGCUGAUUCACAGAGAUACCAAAAUCUCCAGUUCCUGCUAUGCUUCUCAAUGGAGUAAAUGUCUAUAUUUAUAA